AUGACCAACAACACUAUGAGGAUCACAUACAGGGGCGCCACAACUUGCUACCUGGCCGUCGACACAAUCUACAGCUGCGGUUGCCCGACAUGCUCCUUCUUCACACAAUUCGAAUCCUACCGGUUCAAGGACGACAAGGACUGUAGCUACGCCGUCAUCGCUAUGGACGAAUUCGAAAAGGUCCUCGACUUCCAGAUCUGCCCCUCACACCAGAUGCGCAUGAACCUGGUCCCCUGGAAGGACCGUGAGGAAGCCCGGUCUGCAGAUAUGGAUCUGAUGAUCCAUGGUGGGCAACGCGACAGCAAGUGUGUGGAUUCCGUUAUUAUUGAUGGAGCGAUUUGUCAAUUGGCGGUUGAGAUCCUCCAACCCCCUCCUCCCAUGUCUCAGGAGCAGUGUUAUCAACAGCAGCAGCUCUAUUACCAGCAGUAUAUCCAGACGAACCCGAUGGCACUCUAG